AUGAAAUACUCCAUUUUAGUUGUUUGUUUCAUUACAUUUGCUAUAUUUCAUUCAUCACAAGCUCAAACUCCUCAAGAGAAUUUUCUUAACGCUCACAAUGCAGCUCGUAGUCAAGUUGGAGUCGGCCCUAUGACUUGGGACUACGGGCUAGCAGCCUAUGCCCAAAAUUAUGCCAAUCAGAGAAUUGGUGACUGUGGAAUGAUCCACUCUGAUGGCCCUUACGGCGAAAACCUGGCCGCGGCUUUCCCCCAGCUGAACGCGGCUGGUGCCGUGAAGAUGUGGGACGAUGAGAAGCAAUGGUACGAUUAUAAUUCGAAUACUUGUGCACCAGGAAAAGUAUGUGGACAUUAUACUCAGGUAGUCUGGCGUGAUUCAGUACGUCUUGGUUGUGCAAGGGUUCGAUGCAACAGUGGGUGGGUUUUUAUAACGUGCAAUUAUGAUCCACCGGGUAAUUAUAUAGGACGACGUCCAUACGGUGAUCUUGAAGAUCAACAACCGGCCUUCGAUUCCAAGUUGGAGCUUCCAACUGAUGUGUAAUUAUGAGUUCAAUUAAUUUCAUGAUAAAGUCAGAUCAUGGAUGAAUAAAGCUUUAAUUGUUAAUUAAAGAAAAUAAAAUCCAGUGCUAUAUGUUAUCUUA